UUACAGUGCAGAAUUCCUGUGUCAUAUAACAACAACUUACUUGACUAACAAGUCAAUGUUUGGUUAUCUGUCCCUUCCACUCAGCUACUGACAGAAUCAAAAUGAUGCAUAAAAGAUGUUAAGAUCUGUGAAAUGCAAUAGUUACAUCUCAGUUUGAGCUUUGCAUAUUAGUCAGAACCUUUUCCCCAACACCGAGAGAGCAAUUUGGUCCCUGCACAUUGUGCUGUUAUGAAACAGCAGUCAGUAUAGACUCAGCUUGGUGAGCUGCGUCAGUAGAAUCACUUCUUCUUAGCAAAAAAAGCACAAACCAGCAUGCAGAACUGUGCAAGCUAUGUGUGCUUGCAGGUCUGGUCCGAGUCAACUUGCACAUGUUAAAGCUCGCAUCUGUGGGCUCUUACGUGAAUGUUUCGAAAGCACACUCAGGAACUAAAAAACCAUAUACCUUGCAUAUGAAAACCCACAAGCCCACCCUGAUAGCUUGGUUUGGGGAUGGGUAAUUUAAAAAUGUUUGCUCACAUCUCACGCCUUCUCUUUCUUGAAGUGUUAACCAUUUCUCACCUCUCGUGUGAAAUACAGCGGAUUUGAUCAUCUACCUUAUCAUAGUGUGAUCCAUGAUGAGCACCACUCUUUUUAACAACACUGGCAGGGAGGUGACCAUGGCUGCAACUAUCUCUCCUGUCAGUGUUUUUACUGGCUCCAGUGAGAAUCAAUCUAUAGAGGACCAACUAGACAGUUAUACUAAUUACAACAUCACUGAAGAUUACUAUUACUACCCCGACUAUAAUGACUGGCUUGACUCUGACGAUGGGAGAUGUGUGUAUGAGCGUCACGGGGCCUAUUUUCUUCCAGUCCUCUACUCCAUCUUCUUCCUCCUGGGCUUACUGGGUAACUCACUGGUCAUUUGGGUCAUUGCUUGUGGGGUGCGACUCCGCAGCAUGACCGACGUGUGCCUCCUAAACCUGGCCAUUGCUGACCUUCUCUUGGUGUGUACCCUUCCCUUCCUAGCCCACCAAGCCCGGGACCAGUGGCUGUUUGGGGAUACUAUGUGCAAGGUGGUCCUGGGUAUUUAUCAUAUUGUUUUCUACUGUGGAAUCUUUUUCAUCUGCCUGAUGAGCAUUGACCGGUACUUGGCUAUAGUACACGCUGUUUAUGCUAUGAGAGCGCGUACACGGUCCUUUGGAAUGAUUGCAGCUGCCGUGACAUGGGCAGCUGGAUUUUUGGCUUCCUUCCCUGAAGUGAUGUUUCUUAAACAAGAGGCUAGUAAUAAUUCUCAGUACUGCUUUUCAGUGUAUCCCCCAGUUUCUUUUAACAGCACAUCACAUCACAACACUCACUUCUGGGCAAUCUUCGGCCUUUUCAAAAUGAACAUUGUAGGUUUAUUUAUCCCGAUUGUGAUCAUGAGUUUCUGCUACUCACAGAUUAUCUGGAGGCUGUUUUACAGCCAGUCAUCCAAGAAACAGGCCAUCCGUUUAGUUUUCAUAGUGAUAGCUGUUUUCUUCUGCUGCUGGGUCCCCUACAACGUUGUCUCAUUGUUCAAAGCACUGGAGCUAAUGCACAUCUACAUAGGAUGCAAAAGCAGCAUUGCCAUCAGAUUGGCCAUCCAAGUCACUGAGGCCAUCGCCUACUCUCACAGCUGCCUCAAUCCCAUCCUGUAUGUGUUUGUCGGGGAGAAGUUCAGGAAGAACCUGCUGAGACUGAUAAACAGGGCUCCCUGCAGGCUGUGUCAGGCUAUCAAGGUCCUCAUACCACAGGACAGAAUCGUCGGGUCAUACUACUCCAAUACCAGCAGCCUGGAUGAGAGGAGCACUGCUGUGUAAAGUGGGGGUACUGGAGUGUGGUCAUCACCACAAUGAGGACAUUUCUUGUGAAAUCAAAAAGAGGUGAUUCUAGGCAUGCAAUUGUCACUUUGAAUGGGCUAUUUUAGGACCUCAGUUCAUUACAGUUAAGUUUAGCAUAACAAUAGGCUAUGGUGUAAAUUUCUGCACUUAAGGGAAUGGGUAUAAAGCUAGUCAGUGGUAUGUAUAUUAGUAGUGUGUAUAAGAAGUAUGUGUAUGUAUCAGUUUGAGAAAUACACGCCUGAUAUUAUGGUCUGAUGAUGUUGUAAUAGAGUUACAUGCACAUUUGUUGCCUUAUUUUCAUACAAUCAUAUAUUUGUAUGCUUUUAUAAGUUCUAUAGACUACAUAAGGAUAUAUAAUGGUACUAUAUAAUAUGCAUAUAUAAUGGUUGUACUGUGUAUACGGCUUUGGAUACUAGAGAUUUUUUAAUGAAUUGUGAAUGACUGUA